UUAUGUAGUCAAAAAAGUUUUAUAUGUGUUAUAAAAAUAGGUUAUAAAGGAAUACGGCCUAAUACGGCAAGCAUCUAAAAUAAAUGUUUAGUAUUUAAAAUAAAUAUAACUAUUAUAUAUCGAAAAUGGUUCGCGUUAUCACCCAAGAAACUUUUGAUGAGGUAGUGAAGGAGAAUAUGGAAGAUUUCGAUAUGAGUCUUGAAGAUGCAAUAACAGAGGCUACUGCACAAUUUCAGGCCCAAGGAGUUGAUUUAUCAAACAUAAUAAAAGAUCUUUCCCUGGGCACAGGUGAUCAUCAAGUUAUUAUGAUCAUAAAUAAUUUAAGAGAAAUAUGUAUUCAUGAAAACCAUGAUGACAAAUUAAUGCUGAAUGAGCUCGCCAAUCUGCAGGUAGAAUGCAAUAAAGACAUUGCACAUAGGGUGAAGGCUGGUAAAGAAGGUGCUUAUGAUAUUCUAAUCAAUUUGUUAGAAAGAAGACAAAAGAAAUAUAUAGAAAGACCUAAUGAUAAUGACAAAAAAGUUAUCGUAUGCAUACUGAAAACUUUUGUGUCAUUAAUGGAUGUCCAACCAGACUUGUUAGGCCAUAAAGGUGUUGACAUAAUAGUAAGUAUUCUGGAUAAAAUUGAUGAUGAUGAUAUACUGAUAGCAACUUUAAAAUGGGCUAAUGUCUGCUGUGUAAAACACGAACUGAAUCGUCAAAGGAUAUUUGCAAAAAGUAUUACAAACAAUUUGAAAAAUAUUAUCAAAUUAAGAACAAACGCAAAGGUUAUUAGUGAAGUAAUGCAGCUAACACGAAAAUUUACUUUGGAUGAUGACAUUAGAGUUGAAUUUGGUAAGGCACAUGAACACGCAAGAGAAUUAGGAUCGAAACUACUGGAGCCUCUCACUAAAUAUUUGAAAGAGAAUGCUGAUUCGGCAGUAGUGUCAGAGACAGUGUCUACAAUGGCAGCGUUAUUAGUCCGGCACGAACUAUGUUCUCUAGCUGCGGAUGCGGGUGCGUCUAACGCAUUACUGAAUGCACUAUCACAACAUUACGACAAUGCAGCUCUCGUUACCAACGCUACCAAGCUAAUCACGGCAUUGGCUGGCAACGACGAUGUGAAAAGGAAUUUGAUGAAAGCUGGUAUUGCACCCGUCAUAGUUGCUCUCUUGAAUCGGCAUGGGAGUAACGCAGUAGCCGGAGCCAUGUUGCUGAAAUGUAUAUCGGCGCUAACACUCCGUGAACCAGAUCACAGCGUGCAGUUCUUUGAUAACGACGCGCCCGAAGCUAUAGUGAAUUGUCUUAAAAUACAUCCAGAUAAUGCCGCUGUACAGAAAAAUGGAUGCUGGGCUGUUCGCAAUAUGGUGGCGAGAUGUCGCGAACAAAACCACAAGUUCCACGAACUAGGGGUGGAGUGUUUAUUGAAGGAUGCCUACAAAAAGUUUGAGAAAGAUUUCGGCUUCGACAUAAAAUCAGCGCUAAGAGACUUGGAGUGUGACGUCAAACUAGAUGAACAGUGGACAGGCAAAGGAGUACAAAUGGAAAAUUAAAUAACACUAUAAACUGACCAUUUUAAUAUUAACCCUAGGCAAUUUGGGAUAGAGAUAGGAAAGACAAUUAACGCUCUUAUUCCAUAAGGGUUAAAGAUUUUCAUGUAAUAUAAGUUAACAGCUGCACCCACUUCAAGAUUCAGUACUAGCCAUCAGUGAAAUGGUGCACUGAACUUUUAUGACAUAUAAUCUCUAAUAGUUACUAUUUGCGAGUCCUUUGACUGCAUUAACGCCAACUUAUUCUCUAUCUAAUGCAUUGCAUUUAAUAAGCUUUAUAUAAUUCUUAUUUGCUUCAAUCAGAUGUAAAAUAUUAUUAAAAUAGUAAAUAUUAAUUUU